AUGGCCCUUUCCUCUCCAACAGACACUUCUGAGCGGAAGUUAAAGAGACGAAAAUUAAAUUCAAAUGACAGACAAGAGAAACUUAAAGUGGAUAGAAUGAAACAAGAAUUCACAGCGAUGACUACCGUUAUCUUUAACUCUAUAACGUCUAAGAAACAAGGUGAUGAUACAAAAUACAACGAACUCGUACAACAAAUUAAAAAUCAUGCAGAUCAAAAGACCCUCAGUGCAAAAAAAGUUCGGCUUUGGGUGUUAGCCUUUUCUCGUGCCACGACAAUGCUUGAUGUUUCUUGCAGCGGACUGGUCAGUUUCGUAUUGAAAUUAAAUUGGACCGAAUAUGACAACAAUCUGGUCGUGACUUUUGUGAUGUUCCUUGCGAAUCUCAUCUCUUCACAUUCAGAUCACAUGCCAGCUGUACUCAAUAUGUUGGUCAAAAACUUUGUGUUCAGAGUGGAUAAGUAUGGGUCGGUACCAAAAAAUCUCGAAAAUAUACAUGGGCGAGUCCAUUAUGCGCUCAAAAACAUUUUCCCGAUGGUUCCCAGUGGUUCUGAUGAAUUGUUUGAAAUUUUGUCAAGAGAAUUUCCUCACAAGAGUGAACCCUUGACGGCUCAAGUGACCUAUCUGAAAAAUCUCUUGCAAUUACUUCAAUAUAUUCCGAGCUUACAAGCUCAGGUCUUGGAGUUGAUAUUUGAGCGUAUAAUUGAACUCGACACUGAAGUGCAAGGUAAGAUGCAUGAGAUCGAGGCACUAGAAGAUUCUUCUUAUAAAUACGACUUGAAUCUCCACUCUGACGUUGGCAGUGCAACCAGCAGCCAAAGAUCUAGGGGGCGAUCACACAUGAGUACCUCUUCUCAAAGUUCAUAUAACGGUGACUUUGAUUACAAUUCGGAUGAUAAUGACUCGGAUAGUGUAGAGGAUGCUACUCCAUGCAUUGUUGCUCUUGAUGUUGGUGAACUCAUAGAAAAACUAGAUUGCAUGAUUAAGCUUGUUUUCGAUUUUUUGAAGUGGUGCUUCGAUAACUCGGGGUAUGAUCAGCGGGAAGAUCUGUUUGACAUUCUGAUGAACAUCUUUGAAGAAAACAUUUUGUUCACCUUCAAAUCACGGUACACUCAAUUUCUGAUGUUCUGGUACAUUUCGCUGGACAAAUCCUACGCUCGGUCCUUUCUUGCAUUACUCCUUCACAAAGCGCUAGCCGACAAAGAAUCUGAAAUAAUACGAGAAGCCGCUUCGCAAUAUGUUGCAUCAUUUGUUGGAAGAGCAAAGUACUUGGAGUCUGAUGAUGUUCGGCUAUGCGUUUUGGCCUUGCUUCAUUGGGCCGGAAGAUACGUUGAUUGCUAUGAAAGUUAUUUAAAAACACCGGACCCUCUAAAACACAAGAUAUUUUACACAAUCGUGCAAUCCUUAAUGUACAUUUUCUGUUUCCGAUGGAAGGACCUUAGAGAGGUGACCGAUGGCAUACCCCGUUGGUGUCAUGAAAUAAUGUGUCUCCAAAAAGUUAUAAAAUCCAAAUUCAAACCACUUCAGGUCUGCCCCACUAACAUUGUGCAAAUGUUUAUUGCGAUCUCCGAAGCUUUACAGUUCAUGAAUUGCAAGAGGGCUAUAGGAUCAACACGCUACGAAGAUACAAAAAAGAAAGAUAUCUUGAACAUGGAGGAUUAUUUCCCAUUCGAUCCAUUUCGUCUCAAGACUUCUCAAUCGUACAUUGAUUCAAUUUAUCAUGAUUGGGAAGGUAUUCCAAGAAAAGAUCAAACGUCUAAGGACAAUGAUUGA